AUGAGGCUGCUCUGGUACGCCGGGUCCUCGGCGGCGCUGGCCGCAGGUGUGGUCACGUAUGCCUUCAACCAGAGGGCCAACUUCUAUUCGGCCAUGGUGUACCUGUCGCAGAACAACCUCAGCUUGAUGAUCCUCAUCAACCUCAUCCUGCUCGUGUACGGAACCUUUGUCUACGGCCUGCAACGUCUAUGCUACGGCCAGCUGCGACCGGUCGAAAUCGAACAGCUCUACGAGAAGGCAUGGUUCGCCGUGACCGAGACCUGUCUGGCCAUGACCAUCUUCCGGGAAGAGGUGGGAGCAUGGUUCCUGGUCAUGUUCACGGCUUUGGUCACCGGCAAGGUUUGGGAAUGGAUAGGCGAAGGCAGAGUCGAGAUCCUCGAGCAACAACCGCCGGCGAACCCGCGACUCUUCCACACCCGCCUCAGCAUCUCGCUCCUCCUUAGCAUCCUUUACGACACCUACCUCUUUACAUAUACCGUCAACACAGUUAUUCAACAGGCGCGUCCUAACAUGAUGGUCAUGUUCCUCUUCGAAUUCGCUAUAUUGGCGACAUGCUCCUUCCGAACGGGCCUGCGAUACGUGCUCUCACUGGUGGAGAUGCACAUCGUCAACAAGCAGACCCAGCAGAGGCUCGAGGAGCGGCGCACGCAGGUCAGAGACCAACGCGCCGAUAUUCUGCGACGCCGCGAAUCUGGAGAUUCGGCGGAGGCCGAGGCCGCAAAUCAAGAGGAACUUCCUGAUGAGGAGGUGGACGAGAUGGAUAUCGAAGUCCCGGGCUGGGAAUCCAAAGGCCAAUGGGUCCUCGGUCUGGAUCUCUUCGCCGACUUCGUCAAACUGGGUGUCUAUGUUGGUUUCUUCGCCGUGCUAAUGAUGUUCUACGGCCUACCUAUCCACAUUAUGCGGGAUCUCUUCCUCACGACAAGAUCCUUCCUAAAACGACUGAGCGCUCUUGUCAGAUACCGAAAGGCUCUUCAGGAUAUGAACAGAUAUCCAGACGCCACUGAAGAAGAACUGGCCCGUGAGGAUACUUGCAUUAUCUGUAGAGAAGCGAUGAGACCGUGGAAUCCGGCAGCUCCUGACGCGGUCGAACGAUCGCGACCCAAGAAGCUGCCUUGCGGUCAUAUCCUCCACUUUGGUUGUCUCAAAGGCUGGCUGGAACGCCAGCAAGUCUGCCCUACCUGUCGACGGUCUGUUGUCAUCGAUGGAGCCAACCCCAACGGGGAAGGUGCCGCCCGACCAAAUGCUGGUGCCCAAGCCCCAGCGCCUGGCCAACCUGGCGGAGGCAAUGCAGGCGCAAACGGUGGGCAGGAACAGCAAGGUCGGCCAGGAGGUGGUGGUGGCAUGCGCAUGUUUCAAUUCGGACCUUUACGCUUGGGCUUUGCCCAAGGCAACCCACAGAACGUUCAAGAGAUGUUACAACAACGCUUCAACGUUGGGUUGGAUGGUGCGCCUGCGAUGGCGCCGCCGGCGGGUGGCGUGCCUCCGCAACCUCAACAGCAUGCGCCUAUGAACACGGGCGGUCUCUCCGACAUCAGCGCACAGCUGCAGAACAUACAACAGCGCUUGCUGCAAGAGAUACAAGCGCUUCAGACAACACAGGUGGAGUUGCAGGCCACAAAUGCCAUGAUGGCUGAGCUGCAACGUUUACGAAUGGCCCAGCAGCCUCUAAAUGGAUCAAUCCAUGGGCAAGGCGGGAUUACCAACCAUGGCCAGGUUCCGGCAGCUCAGAUGGCUCCAGCAAACGCUUUACCACAAUUCCCAGCAUUACCGCAGACCGUCGCGUCUUUCACUCCCUUCCCCCAACGAAUCAACACACCGUCCGUUACUAGACAUGGCGUGACGACGUAUUCUACAUCGAUUCCAGCAGGCAGUCCUGAUUUGCCAGAAGGUGUCGUCAUUCCCCAAGGGUGGACUUUGAUGCCACUCCAACGGAUGGACGGCUCCACGCAACAGAAUCUCCAAAAUCAAGCAACCCCGCAACCUGAAACCCCUGGCCCUGCGCGGGAGCAGCGAAGUGCAAGUCAUGACACAACGGAAGGUGUUGCUCGUAGCGAACCAUCUAAUUCACGAGGUGAGGGCACACUUGGUGGUACUCCUGUAGUCAACCCGUCACAGGCGCGGACAGAGCCCCCUCCAGUAGCUGCUCCCACCCCAGUGGCACCAAACUGGGGUGGCCCCGCCCAGCUUUUUGCCAACAGGGAAAUUGGCACAUCUUCUAGAGCAGAUGAGGAGCCCGAGAGCAGCGAAAUCACUCAACAGGGCGAGCGGGAAGAGGGCUCCAGUAGCGACAAAGGCAAGCCCAAGUCGGUGACAGUAGAGGAUGCGGAAGACGCAGAUGAUGAUUAA